CAAUCUCGUCUCCCAAUAAAACCAGCAAAAAAGAAAAAAAGGCAAAAAAAUCUACGCUGUUUCGGUUUCCUCAGCAAGACCCACCAUGUCGAGGAUGAAAUCCGAUCGCAAGCCGCCGCUCCCCAAGUCGCCUGUACGGGUACGUCCCCGUCGCGUUCUCGGAUCAAACUCAACCGCCUUGCAAACUCCGCCGGGUUCUUUAACGAAAUCUCAGAAGCCGAUCCGUUCCUGCAACAUCGAAGAAUCGGAGAUACGGCCUGAAUAUCAGUCCAUCUCCUGUGAACUACGGGCGUUGGCGAAGAUGGUGAGAGACGAGUUUGGAGGUGGAGAAUCGGAAAACGCCAUGGCAGCGGCUAAUAACAGUCUCAGCGCUAAUUCCACUCCUCUGUUCGAGAGGGGCAGGUUUUAUGAUGAGUACUCUGCAAGGAGAAACGAGAGGCUUAAGAGAAAGAAAGGAGAAACAGGAAAUGAACCGAAGACCGCAUACAAGCUUGGAGUGACUGUUGAAUCUUCGAAACGAAGGGAUUCGAAGAAGCUUGAGAGCUUGAGGAAAUCUGUGUCAGCUGCUUACUCUGUGGAGAGGAGUGAGAAUCCGAGGUAUAUGCUGAGAAGUAUGAGUAAAGAGAACAAGAAACCUCCCCUGGCUCUGGCUGUGAACAAUGAGAAACCUGUGAUUGGAAGUGGAAGGAAAACAGGGGUCAGGAGAGUCAGGUGAAUUUGAAGACUAAUUAAUAAUUAUCCACUAUUCAGUCUUCUUUGUACUUGUUGGUGUAGGAAAAACUGGGAUUUUCAUUUCAUUAUGGAAUGCCAUGACUAGUAGUUGCCUCGUGUCUGGUCUUUGUUUCUCAAAAAUUUGAGAAAUUCCUUUACCAUGCUUUAUUUAUUAUUACAUUCAAAUUGUCUUCACUAUAGAGAUGUGAAGUAUUGGUGGAAUGCAAUAGAUUUUAUUUAUUUAUUUAUGUUUGCCAAACAGCCAGUGCAUUCUCGGAGCUAAUUGUAUGUUGAUAUCCAGUGCGAUGGCCCCUGAUUUGGGGUGAAUGCACUUGAACUGCAAAUCAUAAGAGAAGGGCUUUAAAAAAGGUUAUCCGUUGUU